GACGCUGCUCGGGGCCAGGUCGAGUCGAGUCCAUACCGUCAGCGCGUCGGUAGUGUGUGAGCGAGAGAGCCGGCGAGCAGUCAGUCAGUCAGUUUCAGUCUCAGUCACAGUCACAAUCAGUCAGUCGUCAGUCAUGGCCCGCCAGGUGCCGAUCAAGAUGGGUGACCACAGCGUCAUCGACACCGAGUUCAGCAGCAUCCGCGAGCGCUUCGACGCCGAGAUGCGCAAGAUGGAGGACGAGAUGACCCGGUUCCGGUCGGAGCUGCUGCACCGCGAGGAGCCCCGCAAGCACAGUAGCAUCACCUCGUCCAGUUUUCCAUCGUCAAUGAUCACUCAGCAGAACUCGUCGUACAGCACCACGACGACCUCGUCUCACCAGACGUCGGGCACCAACACCAACUCCAACACCAAUAUGGACCUGGCGCGGUGCGCGCCGCCUCACAACUGGAUCGAGAGUCUCAACUCGCCGCUCGUCCAGGAGGAUGGAGACAAGAAGCACCUGAAGCUGCGUUUCGACGUCAGCCAGUACAAACCUGAGGAGAUCGUCGUAAAAACCGUUGACAACAAACUCCUGGUGCACGCCAAGCACGAGGAGAAGUCGGACAGCCGCAGCGUCUACCGCGAGUACAACCGCGAGUUCCUGCUGCCGCAGGGCUCCAACCCGGAGAUGAUCAAGUCGUCGCUCUCCAAGGACGGCGUGCUGACAGUGGAGGCGCCGCUGCCGCCGGCGCUCGGCGGCACCAACCACAUCCCUAUCACCAACAAGUAGACGCCCGCCUCCACUCUGCCGGACGCCGCCGGGCGCUGACGUCGCGACCGGCAGCGCGGCCUUUUGUUCAGACUUGUGAUUCUCGCGCAGUUCGCAUGGCUUCGAGUCCCGAAGCAUCGUCUCGAGAAGGGCCAGGGAGGGCUCUCCAGGUUCCCUGGCGGCCUUUAGAGCCGUGGAUGGGUCCUUCAAGGGACUCCCUUAGCCGCCGGGGAGCCCACUGGGCGCCUAGUCAGUCGGCGCCUUACGAUAACUGAGCUAACUCGGAUUCCCACUUUGGUAGCGGAGGGUCGAUUCCGCACCACGCAUAGAAGAGUAGGGGGACGGGCACUGACGGAUUCAGAGCAGACAUCUCUGUCCAGAGUCGUCGAGAGACGUCCUCGAAUUUUGACAAAAUCGGUUGUUGCAUUGAGAGGCAGUUAUGGAUCAGAUAUUAACAUUUCAUCCGUAAUGUACAAUAAAACAUACAUUUUGAUGUUUACAUAACUAUUACUCUGCGCUGACCACUCCGAAUCCGUUGGUGUUGUUGCACAUUUGCGUUUCUGAGU